AGCGCAGCAUGGGCACCGGGGACUACGUCUGCCUGACCCUGCGUGGAGGCGCACCGUGGGGAUUCACCCUAAAAGAGGGAGAGGGGGACAUUUACAGACCUUUACUCGUUUCCCAGGUGGAAGAUGGCAGUCAUGCCUGCCUGGCAGGAGUUCAGCAGGGUGAUGAGGUGGUGUCGAUCAACGGGGAGCCCUGCGCUGAUCUCACCUUUUCACAAGCUUUAGCACUUAUUGAAACAUCCAUCAACAGUCUGCAGUUACUACUCAAAAGAUAUAUCAUCUCCUCUGAUGACUCUGAUUCUGAAGGAACGUACCUUGGCAAAACUGUCUCUUCAGAUGAGAAUUUCAAAAGCACCACCCUCCACACUAUUUCUCCAAAGUCUGAAAUUCCAAAAGAGAUCUGCAUAUUUGAUCCCCAAGGUAAUGUUCUCCACCGGGAGUUGGACUGUGACAAUGAGGCCCCCAUCAAAGGUAACCUAUCAGAUGAUUUGGGAGACCAUGAGCUGGAUUUUAAGCAUGAAAAUGAAGUUGAAAGGUGCUUCUCCCCUGGAGAAUUUGUGGAGCUUCAGGUUUCCCUGUCUAAGCAGACCUUGGACAAUGGGGUCUGCACCUCUCUUGGGAGUGCUCAAGGGAUUAAGGGUGACUUUUCAACCAUUGAAACAACUAACACCACCUCAACGAGUCAUGUGCCAUACACUGAUAGAGAGCCACUCGGACAGCAUGGCUUGGUGGUCAGUGCUCCCUCAGUGGAUGUCACUUUGCAGCCGCCUGAUGCAUCAGAAGCUGGGAGGGGUGCUCUGAGUGUGGGUGGCUCUGUUGUCAUUGAAGACAUUGGGUUGCAAAGGGAAGAGAAGGAAGGAGGAGGACUUUGUCAGCCUGUUCCUGGAUCUUUUACUGUCUCAUUUGAAAUUCCAUCUGAUGAGGCAGCUUUUUCAGAAGAGCAGGAAGACUCUGACUCUGAAGGUGAUCAAGGAAAACCUAAUAAGCAUCGGGCAAAACACGCAAGGCUCAGACGCAACGAAAGUCUGUCAGAGAAACAGUUGAAGGAGAAUAAGUCCAAAAGUAAACGUAUUGCUCUCCUUCUGUCUGCCGCUCCAUCAAACCCCCAUAACAAGGGGUUGUUGAUGUUUAAAAAACAUCGUCAGAGAGCCAAGCAGUUUACACUUGUAAGCUACGGUACAGGGGAGGAUGAACCAGAGUUCAGUGACGAAGAAGACGAAGUGAACGGAGACGAGAAGCAAGAAAACCCAGCUGGUGAAUUUAGCCUCCAAUCAACGAUAGAUCCUAAAUCAACAAAGAGAUUGCCUUUGAUUGCUGCAGGUAGUAAGGGUGUACUAACUUUUACCUUGAAGAAAAGUCUUCUUGAAAUGAAUAAUAACUUGAACAACCAAGUAGAGAUGGAAUGUUUGCCUGAAACCAAGGGCAAGGGUGCCCUGAUGUUUGCACAAAGGCGGCAGAGGAUGGAUGAAAUUACUGCUGAACAUGAGGAACUUCGGCGCCAAGGAUUACCUGUGGAAGCAACACAGACACUGGAGAAAAAAGUAGUGGAGCAGUCCUAUAUACAGUCCCCAGAAGGCCAUGCUUACAUGGAUGUAAAUAUGCACCAACAAAAUCAACAACAGUACCAGCAGUAUCAGGAGCAACAGUACUAUGAGCAACAACAGAAAUACCAGCAGCAGCACCAACAGUAUCAACAAUAUCAGCAGCAGCAGCAGUAUGAACAACAAUACCAGCAACAGCAACUGUAUCAGCAACAACAACAGUAUCACCAAGAGCAGCACCAAAUGCACCACUAUUCUACAAACACCAAUGGUACAAUUCAGCAUGAGACAAAUGAAAUUCAGGGUUCUUUCUCCAAUCGUACUGCAAAGCCCUUUACAGCAGAAAAUGUGGUGGCAACCCCUUAUUCUCAUGCAACAAGUGGGACCAAUCAAGAUUCUGUGGGCCAAGGAGAAAAUAUAGCCUCCCGAGAUGAGCGCAUAUCUACUCCUGCAAUCAGGACCGGCCUGCUGUUGGACUCAAGGAAAAAGAAUACCAGCAAACCUAUGUUCACAUUUAAAGAAGCCCCCAAAGUAUCGCCUAACCCAGCUUUACUGAACCUUCUCAACAGAAAUGACAAAAAAGGGUUUGAGUCUGGACCUGAGGAAGACUAUCUUAGCCUAGGGGCUGAAGCUUGCAAUUUUCUACAGGCCCAAAGACUUAAACCUAAGAUUCCUCCACCCGUUGCCCCAAAGCCUAUGAUCAACCCCAACUCUCCUCCUUGGUCUGCUCCGAUAGAAGCAGCCAACCAGGACAUACCUCAGUGUGCUGAAAAUAGUCUGUCAACACCUGCUGCAGCCCCCACUACAGAAAAUGACCCUGCUUCAGAACUAAAGCCAACUACUGCACCUGCCCCUGAGCCCUCUACCCUUCAUACCCCUGAGGAAACUACUGCAAAUCCCACAACAGAGCAGCAAACAUGGACUCUGCCAAAGCCAGAAUCCCAACAAAAGCCUCCACAAGUUGCACCCAAAGAGGCACAUGAACACAUGAUUUCUGCUCAGCAUUCUGAGACUUCUCAAAACAUGUCAUGGGGUUUAGUAUCGUCACAAGCACAUCAACAGUCGUCUGCUUCUUCGUGGCAAUUAACACAAAUGCAGCCUCAGAAUCCACCUCCAAGUCAAUCUCCACCACAGCCACCAUGGGUAACACGACAACCUACCCAGAACCAACCAACCACCAAUACUUGGACUUCUCAUGGUCAGCCAUUCUGGACUCAACCAGGAGAACAAGCACAACCUCAGACAAAUGCUCAGCCACCUUGGGCCCAGCCACAAGAACAACUUCAAUCCCAGAUACAGGUUCAACCACAAUGGAUGCACACGAAGGAGAAGCCUCUUUUCCAGCAAACACACCAAUCGUGGAAUGAACCACAAGUACCAGUGGAGACACAGCCCAGGAAUCAGUGGACACAGCCAUCCCAAACAGAUUCUCAGCAGCAGACACCAUGGGCUCAACAAGUGCAGCAAAAGCCUCAAGUGCAACCUCCAUGGGUUCAACAAGUUCAGCCAAAUAUACAACCACAGCCUCCAUCGGUUCAACAGGUUCAGCCAGAAACACAGUCACACUGGGGACAGCAACAUCCAGCUUUGCCACAAUCAUGGGCAAAUAACCAAGUACCUGGUCAACCUCAACCACCCUGGGUCUCAACUCCACCUCACCAGCAACCACAUGGUAAUCUAUGGCCAGCAUCACAAUCACAAGUUCAAAGUCAGCCAUCAUGGAUGAAUGCACCGGAAGUAUGUCAAGCACAGGCUCCAGUUAAUCUGAAUCCAUGGGCACCAGUUCCUGAAAAUCCACCUCAGACAUCAUGGGCUCAGUACCCUCCGGAACAUGGUGGUGAGCAGCAAACAAGUUCUUGGACCCAAGAGCAAAAUCCGGCUCAACACCAGCCACCCUGGGCUCCAGCAGUUCCCUCACAGCUCACACAACAGUCCAACUGGCAGCAGUCCUUUUCAAGCACAUCUCAGCAGCCACAACCUAGUACAUGGUCUUCAGGUCAAGCUCAGCCUCCAACGCCGGUUAAUGAGUGGAGACCACAGUUAUCCCAGACACCUGUAAAUGUUUCUAUGUCUGCAGUUAACACCCAAUCUUCUCCCAAACCGUGGCAUCCAACGCAAAAUCAGACUCCUCCUCCUCCUCCACGCCGAAUGGUCUCUUAUACUGUUGGUCAAAAAGCUGCAUCACCUGUCAACCCGAUGGCUACUGUUUUAAAUCCUAAAAUGACCCAAGGUUCAGCUUUUGAGAUGCCAGUUGUCAAAGGAAAAGGAGCUGACAUGUUUGCCAAGAGACAGUCUCGUAUGGAGAAGUUUGUUGUGGACUCUGAGACUGUGGAAGCCAACAAAGCAAGCCGAUCAACAUCGCCAGCUGCAUCCUUACCAAAUGAGUGGAAAUAUACACCCAAUGUACGUGCUCCACCUCCCAGGGCUUACAAUCCUAUUCAGUCUCCAUUUUAUCCUCCAGCAGCAACAAAACAGCCCCCUGCAAGUAGUCCUUUGACUAAAGCAAAGAAAAAGGACCAAGAGAAAUCAAAGCCUGCCCCGAAACCGCUUAAUGUUAUCGAUGUAAUGAAGCAUCAACCUUAUAAAUUAGAUUCUGCACUCUUUAUCUUUGGCCCAGGAGCUGAGGCUUCUAAGCCACCUGUACCAAAGCCCAGCUCUCCUCCUAGUACAAAUCCUGACACCCAAACAAUUAAAUAUGAACAAAUGGCUCCCAUUCAGCAAGCUGGGCCAUUUACACCUCCUUAUCCCCAAGGCUAUGGGAUACCCAUACAGCCUGUAAUGCAUGAUCCCCAGUAUCAGCAUGCCCAAGCUAAUGUUUACCAAUAUCCACCACCUCCUGGUGGUGUGUACCAACAAGAUUAUAACCAGCAGUAUCAGCAGCCUGUGCCACCACCUUAUCAUCCCCAAGCCCCUCAGCCGUUAAACCUACCAUACCAGCAACCUGCUUACCAGCCAGCGAGUAGCCCUCCUUAUAUGGCAACUCCUUCACUUCAGUACAAAGCACAGCCUAGUAGUAGUUACAAUGAACCAAGUUUCCCUUCAGCUCCCAGGCUUGAGUCUGUAAGUGGUGGCAAUACUGGGGCAGCCCCCAAACCUAAGUUUACAGCUAACAAGAGUUCAGCUCAGGUGUGGAAGCCGACAUCAGCUGAAAAAGAGUGAUUUUUCAUAGGCAAAUGGCAGGAACAUUGCCUAUUUUAUACAGUUAGUGCUCUUUCAAAUUGGCCAGUGGAAGAAUUUGAACAAAUAGUGCAAACCUUCUGGUGGAAUCAAUGCCUCCGCCUCCUGGAUUGUUAUAAUGAUAAAACUUUUAUUUGUUAUUAGAUUACAAACUUUCAGCCCUUAUUCAGAUUAGUAAAAUAUAUAUAUUUUUUCUUUUAAGAAGUAGGCUAAACCUGGGUAGUUGUCUGCAAAUCUAAGGUGAUGUUAAGAAUGUAGGGGAGCAUUUGGGCAUUUUAAAAGGAAAGCAAAAUGGAGGGGAGUAGAAUUGAAUGGUACAUAGGAUACGAGAAAAUGUGUUUAAUUGUGUAAAGAUGAAAUGUUGAACAGUCCUAAUAUUAUAUUCCAAACUGAUAGCAAUUGAGGGAAGGGGGUUGUGGGAGAAAGGUAUAGUUUGUAUUCACUAAUGCAAUGUCAGUGAUAUGAGAAAUCACCUUUGGCUUUGAAGGUAAAGUUAAGUUCAAAACAACCACAAAUUAUUUUUGCUGUAGUUCAAAAAGAUUGCAAUCUAGUGUGUGGAAAUUGAAGAGUAAUGAACAGUUUUUGAAUGGAAUGGAUAUACUUGAGUGAGGGAUUGCAUUGUGCCAAGGAGUUGAUGCAAUCAGCUGGUUUUCCUUAGAUAGAGAGCUUUGAACCGAUCUGACUGUAUGAUCUGGUUGAAAUAUCUGUAAAGUGCCUUGAGAUGUGAUGUGAAUUGACCCAUGUAAAUAAUCUGAACUAAAUUGAUAUAUAAUUGAUUCCAAGCUUGGAAAUUACAAUCCAGCAGCAAGGCAAGGAAACAUGAAAUAUAGCACUAAAAGCAUGAAAAUAUUCUUAUUUACAGAAAGUAUUUUGAGUUUCUUUGUUUUUAUGUAAUUUCUUUUUAAUAUCUCCUUCUUAGGUGGGUUAGUGUUAUUUUAAGCUGCUUACCAGCUGUUGCAUCAUGUUAGAUGCUAUAUUUAAAGUGCCUUAAGAGAAGUCCAGUUCUGACAUCCACAUUGUGCUGUAGGCUUAGAUUUCACAUCAGACAACUGAAAGCUAAUACCUUUUAGACAUUAGUGAGUUAUCCUCUUUCAGGGUUAUCAUUAACACAUCCUUAUCUGUUUAACAUAUUGUUUCGAUAAUUAAUUUUCAAACCCCAUAGGUUAAGGACUAUGUCUUAUGAGUACAAUGUACAUAUGGUACAGGGCUUCUUUUGUUGUGUUUCUGCUUGAUUCUUUUUAUUGUGCACUUUAUGUAUGAUUAACUGCAGUGCCAUUAAAUCAUCUGUUUUCCUUUUUUGGGUUUCCCUUUCUUUUACUUUGGGUAUGCUUUGGGUUUCCUUGCUAUUUCUGUCCUUUUUCUUCUGUUCCUGAUUUCCCAAUAAAAGGAGGCCUUAGUCUCACGAUGUUUAUAUCCUAAAAAUAUUCUGCAAGUGACUUGCCAUCUUGUAAUCUUAAAAAGCAGUGUGCUUAGAAAGCACAUUACUGGAGAAUGA